AUGGCAGAGGAUGCAAAGAGAUCUUCAACCCGAAGCGAAUUUUCCAGCAAACGAAGCAAAGGAACCAGCGACUUCUCUGGGAGUGAUGACAGCUCAGAAGGUUCAAUUAGGCUCUUUGGCAAUGAGGAGCAAGAGAUUUUUCGGAAACCGCUAGCCUCUGUUGCACAAGUCAUUGAUCCGGAGCUGAAAACGAAAGGCCGGUUCUUUCAAACUCUAUCUGCUGUUUUGGCACUUGCUAAUUUGGUGGAGUUGGGCCUGGAAGCUGACUACAAAUGCAAUAUUGGGCGCUGUGAGUCUGAACCAAUCUGGGAGUUGCUCACCCAGAUUUUCACGAUUCUACCCUUGGCCGAAAACGGUAUUCGUCUCGCUGAAGCAAAACCAAGACGGUUUUUCUGUGGUGAGAAGACCAAGGUGAAGUAUAAACUGGAUAUUGUGAAUUGCAUAGACACAGUGCUGGUUGUCUUGAGGAUUCUGGACGUCUGGUUGUUGUCGCUUGUGGGAAUAGAAUCGGGCCUUCGCCUGGUUAGCGGCUUCCGAAUUAUUCGCAUGGGUCCAGCUGUCAGGCAUUGGCAAGCAACUAAGGAACUCCGAGAGCUUUGGAUUGUCAUUGGGGCGGUGGCAGAGACGGUGAAAACACUUUUCUGGGUUGGCGUCAUGUUGAUUUUUGUCAUUUGGAUCUUUGGGAUUCUGGUUUCCAUGUCUUUGCUGGACCGAUCGGGGGACGAAUUUGAUUUCACCUACUCCCAAUGGUCCUUCCAGGAAUACUGGGGCAGCGUACCUCGCAGUGCUUUCUCGCUCUUCCAGGUUGCAACGAGAGACAAUUGGAUCAGCUCAAUGGUGUCUCCGUUGGUGAAGACGGAGCCCUUGCUGCUGGUCAUUUUUGGAUCAUAUUUUUGCAUCGGAGCUUUGGCCCUCAUGAACUCCAUCAUCGCAGUUGUGGUCGAGUGCACGUUGUCAGCUGCAAGGUCAUCCUCUGACAGGGAGGAAGAGGAGAAGCUACGGGCCGAUGCAGCGGUGAUGGAUUCCUUGCGGAAGAUUUUCCAUGACGGUGAUACGGACGGCUCUGGUGAGCUUGAUAUGGAUGAGCUGCAUGCAUUGAUCUGCAAGCACCAGGUACGGGACCGCUUGAAAAUGUUGCGGAUCCCGUUUGCAGAUUUGGAUUUGCUCUUCACUCUGCUGGACACGGACUGCACGGGAAACGUGAAUACCGACAUGUUUUUCCGUGGCUGCGCCAAACUCCGGGGACCUGCUAUGGCCUGUGACCUGCACCAACUGUCCAUCGAUCUCAAGCAGAAUCUGGAGCGCUGCGACCACAACAGCGAGCGCAUUCGGCAAGUGAAUGAAACCUUGGCGAUUGUCCUAGACCACGUGGAUGACAUGGACAUCAGCAUCAUGAAGAGCGAUGUCGAUUUCAAGGAUCCCGUGUUGGCGGCACGACAGGUGCGACCCAAGACCUCCAAGUCGGAUGUGAUCCGAGGAAGGUGGCUGAUGCCCAUGGCACCCAAUGAACAAAGCAUGUGGAUGGACCUGGAUAGACAAGCCAAAGAACGGGAGUUAGCUUCCAAGUUGAAUUUGAUGUUAGAUGCUCCCGUGGAGGCUUCCAAUUCCAAGGUACGAGAUAGACUGGAUAUCACUGACUCGCAGCCGCCACCACCUCCAAUGCCAGAUGGGGCAAAGAGGUUGGAUGAUGUGAGACUAUCGGAAGAUGCGAAGGCCAAUCAGGUUGCCACAGCCAUGAAGAAAAUCCAUAGAAUCCACAGGUUUGACUGA